AUGUAUUAUUCGCGUCAUCUCCGACCCCGCCGCGGUAGUCCUCCUACGAGAAAGUACACGCGCGAAGCUUUCACCGCAUUUACCCGAACCACUCUGGAACAUGACGAAGAGGAAGAGGCUCGUCUUGACCAACUCGUCAAGCGCAGGCAAACCGGUACAGACUGGGGCCAAGAAGAUGAAGAGAUCAUGGAGGGAAUGCUGUCUCGGAAAGAAGAGCGAUGGGAGGCUAAACGGCUGCCCCUCCGCCGCGAACUCGAGGGAUACUUCAAAGAUCUUAACUUGCCCCCUUUGCCAUCACCUCUCCCGAAAUCGAGUCAUUGGCUUGAUAUACAGAGGCCAUGCCAUCAUCCCAACUUGGGUCUCAGGCCUUUUCUGAUGGCAUGUGAAGAGGGCUCCAUGGAUGAGGUCCAGCGACGGGUCUCUGAGGGGUCGCUUUCACCCAUCAGCGUGCAAGAUGGCUUGGCUUGCGCAGCGAAAGGCAACCAGCCUGAUGUAGUGCAAUAUCUACUAGAAGCUGGAGCGCGUCCGCACGCCGCAGUCGUAAUUCAAGCAUGCCGCCUGCGCUCAUUUCCCAUCCUUGAGCGAUGCAUCCAGCACGGAUACCAUCCCAACCAGCAAAUCCCCAGCGAUAAUGGCUCGUUCGGCGUGUCUCUGACGCACUGUCUCGAAGACGAGGGAAUAACUCGACUGCUCUUGGAGAAUGGUGCCGACCCAGAUCUGGGAAGGUUUUUGGAUAACCGAAUCUUCAGUUGGGGAUACAGGGCAGCGCCCCCGAUGGACCGUACAUCGGGUUUGGCUCUGGAUCACGCCGUCGAGAAAGGACAGUUCAAUGUCGUUAAGAUGCUACUCGAACAUGGGGCCAACCCAGAGUAUGCUCGACCACUACAGCGGGUAGUGCGUCUUCAACAUCAACGUCAUUCUACUUGCGCUCCAGCAGACAGCCAAGGAGAAAAGGAAGACACUGACCUUGACUGGCGCAAAUUCAUGAAUUUGCUAAUACGCUACGGAGCGGAUGUCAAUUCCGUCACGUUUGGUGCAGGCACGCCAUUAACGGCCGCUGUCGAGUACCAAAUGUGGGAUGUUAUUGAGUUCCUGCUAGAACGCGGUGCUGACGCAAGGAUCAAGAAGCCUGUGACUGAGCUGGAUGCAUUUGCCAUCGCAGCAAAGAAUUCAGGGCUUGUUUGGGAGUCGGAGAAAGCUGUGGAAUACAUGGACUGCCUCUGCAAGCUAACCACUACAAUGGAGAAUACCGACAUUCUUGUACUCCCCGAGUGGGUGCGAGACAACCCGUUGACGCCGAUUAUCGAAAGGGUCAGGAAGCGGUCCGAGCCAUCGACGGAAGAUUGA